AUGAAGAAUCCAGAGGCGAGGCAGCGGGAGCGGGCCCUACGCCGAGAGGACACGGAUUAUGAAGAUGAAUCUCCAAUAAGAGUCUUGCAUGACCUCCACUGUGAAAUCAGAACUCUGAAGUCCUCAUAA